AUGGUUUGGUGCAAUUAUUUGUGCGAUUAUUGUGCAAGACUUAUUCGACCCUAUUGUUAUGGUGACUUAGUAUGUUGUAAUUUGUGUGGAAAAGUCCUUGAUGAAGAUAAUUUUGGCAAAACUAUGGUACGACAUAAGAGUAAGGAAAUUGAUCCCGCAAUAGAAAAAACCUACGAAGAAACGAUUGAGGAAGACAUAAAGUAUGGAGAGGAUACAACUUACACAGAGAUAGAAGAAAAAUGUAAUUCAAGAAGAGUUUGGUGCGAUCAUUGUGUGCAGUCAAUAAGUGAACCCCACUAUUUUGUUAACAAAAUAUGUUGUUCCGACUGUGGGAAAGUCCUUGAAGAUAAUAUUCAUUUUAUCCCACGAUAG